AGCCGAGAAUGGGACACCGCGGAAUGGGAUGCGCGCAUUUUGCCACCUUGGCGAUGCCCCUCUGGGCCUUAACAUUUUAUCUGCUGGUGGUGCUGCCAGUACCGUCCCAGACAGCCAGCGUGGAGGUCGGAAAGGAGGAACGGCGACUGCAAGACCUCGAUCCCAAGAUGGGAUCAGAGGCGGGAAAUACGGACGGACUCUCGUUGGCACGCUUCGGCAGCAGACGCCACCAGAGAUCCACUGGGUUCGGGCACAGAGUUCCAAUAAUCUCCCGGCCUGUAAUACCCAUCGAACUGGACUUGCUGAUGGACAACGAGGACGAUCGGACGAUGUCAAAACGCUUCGACGACUAUGGUCAUAUGCGGUUCGGAAAGCGGGGCGGCGACGACCAGUUUGAUGAUUACGGUCACAUGCGCUUUGGUCGGUAAACGCAACUACAACUUUUGGCUUUUGUAAAUACUAUCUUAAAUAAUUAUAUGCCCAUUACUAUUACUUAUGCUACUACAUUAACUAUAGUAAAUACAAUAUACGAGUAAUAAAUAUGCGCAUUCCCAAAAUGGA